ACAAAUCAGGUCUUGAGUCAGCUCUGUCCCUUGUCACAGCCUCUCUGGGGAAGGACGAGGAAGGGAAGAAGGGUGGGGUGUUGAGGUCUACCUGCCUUCCAGGUGCUCGGGUUCCAUCAGCUGCUGCUUUGGGCGAUGCAAAUCCUGGGGACAAUAGGGCCCCUGUUUCCCCUUGUCCUCUCUCUGCUGAAAAGGUCAGGGCUGGACCUCUGGGGACUCACUCGAUGCUCGGCUCCAGAUGGACAAAAUCGGUGGCCACAAGACCCAGGUCCUGCCUCCCUUGCCACCCCCCAGAUCACUGGCUUCCACAUCUUGGAGAGAGGAUGCUCUUGGGCCGUCUUCCUCCAGUUCUCCUGGACUUUCGAGCCAAUGGGAUACCAAGGAGGAAGGAGAAUAUGAGCUCCCUCCUUGUGAGUCCCUGCCCCUCAAGAUGGGCUCUGCCUGCCCUCUCUCCCUGGAGAACAACAAUGAGCUCUAUCUGGAUCGCCUCACCCCCAGUGGACCUCCAAAACCAGUGCCCCAGUCCACCAUGCUGCUAGCAGCCCUGAACCUACAGGAGGAUGGGGGUGGAGGAGACUACUUUGGAAGAAAAGAUGUGAGCACGGCUGGAAAUACGGAUGAGGCUGGAGAAGAUGAAGCUGAGGAGUCCAUCUACCUGGAGCCCAGCCUGGUUUUGCCUUUAAGCCAGGCCUUGAAUUCUCAUCUUCCACCACCCCCAACCGUGUUCCCCAGACCAGUGGUGGCCUCCAGCUCUGCCUACUGGUCCCCCUCAGAGCCUCAGGAAUCCCGGAGUGGGACAGCAGAUGUCACCCCCAUUGCUGGGCGGAGAGCAUCCUGUGCCCGCAAAGGAACUACGCCUGGGGAAGAGGAGCUGAAGAAGUCAUCGAGUGAGAGUGUAGGAAGAGAGGAGAAGAGGAGCCAGGACAAACAUGAUGGAACACCACGGGGCAUGAUGAGAAUGCAGGAAGCCAACAUGGUGGGUCAGCCUUGGUAUUCAGCACACUGUGACCGCCAGACCGUUGAGAAUACUCUUCUCCACCUCCAAAAGGAUGGCGCCUACAGUGUUCGGCCCAGCUCAGAUCCCCAGGGACUGAAGCCUUUCACCCUGGCCGUGUUCCUCCAUGACCAUGUUUACAAUAUCCCCAUCCGCUGGCUGGAUGCCAGGAGACAAUAUGCUCUAGGUCGAGAGGGCAAGAGUGAUGAAAAGCUCUUCCCCACCGUGGCCGCCAUGGUCCAGCAUUUCUCCCAGCAUCCACUGCUCCUUGUGAACAGACACACUGGUGAUCGGCAGCACACCUGUCUCCUCUUCCCCACCAAAUCCUGACUUCCCCCAGUAGAAUGGAAGCUCCUGGAGGGCAGGGACUCUUUUGCUUUUGUCUUGGUUCCUAGCAAAGUGUCUGGCACAUGUAGGAACUUAAUAAAUGCCUGAGAUAAAAAGAAAA